AUGGCGGGGGCAGUGAGCCCACCGGAGACCCUCGCAGGCUUCGAGGCCACUGUCACGCAAUGGCUGAAGCAGAACGGGUCGCCCGUGACCCUGACCAAGAUGAAGGGCGUGUCAGGAUGGCUGUUGGCCCUGCCCGAGGGUCCCACCCUGCAGGUCUUCCGAGAGGAAACCGGGCCUGGAUCACUGGCAGACCCCACCUCCCUGGCGGCCAUCGCGGCAGCCAGCGCUCGCGGCCGUGCGCUGGCCCUGGCUCAGACGGCGCUGGCCUCCCCGCCGCCCGAUGAUCCCGCCGCGCAGAGCUACACGGCCCCUGCCUCGGUGUUUGAGUGCCCCCGCCACGUACUGCAUGGUAUGGUGCAUGGGAAUGGGUACGGUCACCUCCUGCGGGUCAAUGGCGUGGAGGGGCAGGGAGGGGCGGCCGGCUCUGGGCCCCGGAUCUCUGGGAGGACGGUCAUGCUGCUCUGGACGCAGCUGUGCGCCCGCCUCGCAGCCACCGCCAUUUCCACAGAGGACGUCUCCAACAAGGGUGGCAUGGACCUGAGGGUGCUGCACACAGCUGCUCACCUCUCCACCUGGUACGGGCAGUUUGGCUUUGACUUUGGGCGUGGGGCCUACAACAUCACCAGGGAACAGUGGGCAGAGGCAGCGCGUGCUGUGCACGCUGCCCCGCUCCGCUCUCUGGUAGAUGACUUUCACUGCGUGGACGACGCAGUCGUGGGCAUCGUCCAGCGAUACGGGCUGCCCAUGGAGGAGCCUGAGGUCGGCGUGCGGGCUUCGCCGGCGACGUCCCGCCGCACCUACUACAACGUGUGCGUGCUGGACGCCAGGCAGCCGGACGGCGCAGCCAGAGCCCCGGAGUACCAGGUGCAGUACCAUUCGGGCGCGACCGAGUGGAUGGGUCUGGAGGACAUCGCCUGGACGCAUGUCGCCAAGUCCAGGGAGGCCCUGGGCUGCCUGGCGGCCUUUGAGCAGCAUCUGGGGUGCAAGCGCUGCAGCGGCGGGCCCCCGGGCUGCGCCUAUUGCUGGAAAGCGGCGCUGGCGGACCUACGGGAGGGACGGCUGGGGUCUGAGAGAGCUGAGGGCAAAACCAAGUCGCAGCUGAUAAAGUCCUCAAGUCCUCCUGGGGCUGGGCGGGCGAGGGGCGGGGGCGGCGGGGCGCCGGCCAGGGGCCACACAGGUGGGCAGCUGGCCUUCCGCGCGCCGUGCGCCGAGUGUGGAGGCGCAGCCUGCUCUUCGCACGACGAUGCGAUGGUCGAUGGCAGCACGGGCAGCUCUGAACAGGGCCAUGCACCGGCUGCAGAGGGCCUCGGCGCGUGGCUGGUCCCCUUCCGCCACCCCACCGGCGCUCCGGCGACGGACGCCGGCGGUGCCCCGCCAGCGACGGCCACGCCUGCUGCAGCUCCUAGGGUGCCUGCUGCGGCGGCCCCUGGCCAUGAUCUUGCGGAGGGCAGCCAGAAGGACGGUGCGCGAUGCCAGCCCAGCGUGUUUGGAGAGGGCCACACCUCGGCCGUCGUAUCACCGGCCGGUGAACAGCUGCCUCUCGUCCCCGGCGGCUGCUCCCCCGCGGGGGGCAGCGACAAGGGUGUGGCUCGGGCCCAGGUGCUCCGAGAUCUGAGGUACCUCUACGAGGCGGUGCUGACCGGCAGGGGGCCCGCGGCGGCGAGAGUGCUGCGAGACUGCAAGCUGUUUGUAAGGGACGUGAGGCCCGCGUGGGCGCCGCCCCCGAGUGGCAUGCUGCGUGUGGCCCUCUCCGCCCAGCUCCCCCCCAACUUCCAGCUGGCACACAGCCGGACCAGGCCCUCGCCGCGCAAGGGGACGGCCUCGCCCGUGGUUGCAAGCUCCGCGCCCAACAACCACCACCCCUCGCACACUUCCCCGCCUACGCCAGCGACAGCCAUGCGCCAACUCCCGCUGGCGCCGGCCCCCCUGGCCCUGGACCUGCCGGCUGACAUCGACCUGGGCGGCACCGCGCUGGCCUUCACGGCGGCCCUCGGCGAGGCCUACGUGGCCUUCCAGAACUACGUGCCCCUCAUCCUGCUGCCCUCGCCCGGGGCGUCGGGGUGGAAGGCAGUGCCGGCGGCCACCGACGCCACCCGCCUGGCCACGGUGCUCCCAGAGACGGCAUGCAGUGCCGAGGCGGGGGGCCUGCGCCUCCUCUGGAUGGGCGGCAAGGGGCUGGACCGGAAUCCCGCCUGGUGGCGUCAGGGUGGCCACGAGGACUGGGUGGUGGCCUGCAGCUGCGGCACGCGGGAUGACGACGGCGAGCGCAUGCUGAGCUGCGACGCAUGCGGGAGGUGGCACCACUGGCGCUGCGCCGGCCUGGCCGAGGCCGACCCUGACCCUGCGGCCUGGCAAUGCCCCUCCUGCAGCCCUGGGUAG